CAUUCAGUGCGGGUUGGAGUGUCGUGUCCCUCCCGGCCUGAGGGUGACAGCAGACCCCACAGGUUCGCCGGCAGAAGAGUGUGUUGGGUAGUGCACGCGCGUGUGGAGUGUCUGUUAACGUGGAAAGAGAACCUUGCAGAGAAUUUAAAGUGUGUGACUUUCCAAAGAGAAAGCAGCUUUGAAGAUAUGCCUUCAAAAAAGAAAAAUGCAAUUCCUGACAGUGUAUCUGUUCACAAUCCUGUGUGUACCGUUAAGAUGGACAGAUUAUACGGCAGUGGGUAAACGGAUCCCAGGAACACGUUUCAUCACCUUCAAAGUUCCUUUAAAACAGUCUUUCAGAUAUCAGUUAACACAGUCACAAGUCUUUGGACCGUUUGAUCUUGUGCAUAUGUUGGAGAAGGAAGGCCAAGAAUUGGGUCUUAUUAUUGAUCUCACUUUCACAACUCGCUACUAUAAACCACAGGAUUUGCCAGACACGCUGCACCACUUGAAAAUUUUCACAGCCGGGCAUGAAGUGCCGAAUAAUGCCACGAUUCUCAGUUUCAAGAAAGCCGUCAGGCGGUUUCUGCGUGAGAAUGAAAACAAUGAUAAGCUGAUUGGUGUUCAUUGCACGCAUGGUUUGAAUCGCACUGGCUAUCUUAUAUGUCGAUACCUCAUUGAUGUUGAUGGAAUGGAGCCUAGGAAAGCGAUUGAAUUGUUCAAUGCUUCUAGGGGACACUCAAUAGAGAGGCAGAACUAUAUUGAUGAUCUGAGAAGGGGGCCCAAGAGAAGUAAUGUGGGAAUCGAGGAACCAGACCAAGACCCCACUCAGGGAUGUGCAAACAGGACACAACAUGAUGUACUUCCUCAUCAAAGAGAACAACAUUACCAUGACCCUACUUUUAAUGGAUGGCGGCCUCAUCCAGGACACAGAAAAGCCCAGAACAAAUAUGUUCCAUUCCACCAGAAGAACAACACAAAGCGGUUUGGACCGCCUGAUCAAGUGCCUUAUCAUUCACCCAUGGGCAUGAGACCCCCUCAUCCCAGCCAGAGUCAACUGAGACCCCCUCGUCCCAGCCAAAGCUUUGGCUCUACAGCCCCCUGUCCAUCUCAACUGCAUGCCGACAUGUUUGGCAAGCCGUGCAGACUUCCCACUCCAGAGGGUUCUAAAGAACCCCAAGGACCUCAUAGGAAACAUCGGAAAAAUCGUAAGAAAGGAUGGAAAAAUAAGACUUCAUAUGGAAACAGAGGAGACUCUCAGUAAUCAGACUCUCCUGUGCAACCAAAACCAAACAAAAAUUGCUCUUUCUGUGGAGAAAUUAUGGUUAUUCUUGGUAAAUUGAUGUGGUCUCUCUAAAAGUUGACUAUUUUAUUGGCCUCUGCUAGUUAACAGCACUAUGAGAUGUGUUGGUCAGAGAGAUUUUAUUUUCAGCUAUUAUUUGGUCAUUUUAUCAUCCAAUUUAAUAUGCGAUCUAUAACACCUUCUUCCUUGAAUUCCUGUUGUCACCUGCCUUUAUGCCCGCAAAAAACAAACCUUUGUUUUUAGCAUUAAAUCUACUUCUUAGUAUUUGAGGGCAGUUUUAUUAUGUUUAAUUGUGUAUUCAUGGCAUUUUGUGACCAGACAGUUUGUGUGCUUGACCUCUGACUCAGUUGGCUAAAAUUGGACAUGCAUACAAUGUUUUAAAAAAAAAAAAAAAAAAUCAAAUUAAAUAUCUCUAAGUGCAAUAAAUUGUUGCUUUUUUUUCCAA